AUGUAUCUCCUUUUCAAUGGUACAACUGAUGAAAUAAAUAAUUCUAAUUGCUUUAUUCGUUGCAAUUGUCCGUUUAUACUUGAAUCAGAAGGAGGAUAUAUGACAAUUAAUGAACUAAUGGAAAGAAAUAGGAUUAAUGCAGCUGAGCCAGGCAUUCCAAGAAGUGACUACGCAAGUUGGCAAGAAGAUGGUAUUUUACCUGAUAUUGAAGGUGAAAAGAUUAUAUAUAAAUGCGUGCCAUUUUAUACUGUUGAUGCUUCUGUUUUAACAUAUAAUACUCAAAAAAGCUUCACAAGAAAUGCUGUUGCCGGAAAUUCUUGUAUUUUGCGAUGCUGCACCACAAUUCCAUACAAAAUUUUUUAUGAUUUGUUAUGUAUCCUUGGAUACAAUGGAAUUGCAGAAUUCUUUUGGGGAUAUAAAGCCACAAGAAUUACAUUCCAAUCGCAUAAAUAUUACUCUAUUGAUCCAUCGAAAUAUCGUGCGAAACAGGGAUGUCUAGAUCCUAAAUAUGCAACACCAGCAUUAAUAGAAGAUAUUUAA